UCGGGCGUUCGGCAGCGGGACGGGGGUCUCGGUCGGAGCGAGAGGCCGCCCGCUAGCCUGCGCUGUGGGCCGCUCCAGCCGGCGCCACUGCCGCCGCCCUCCCCGCAGCCUCGGCAGGUUCUGCCGGAGACUCACAUUUGGCCUCAAUGUGAAAUUAAGGUAGAAAAACACAUCUACAUGUGUUGCUAUUAGGAUAAGUAUAUUCACUGGUCAUGCCUGAAGAGGGAAGUUCAGUUCUAGACAGCUGACUGCUAGCAAAUAUAAAUGAUUAUCCUAGAAGUCAAGCCUCUCUCCUGUUUACUGGAGUGAAAAUCCCCUCCAGAUACCAACGGAAUAUCAACUACAGAAAAUGCUUCACGUUUUAAGGAUGCCAGCCACCUAGAUUCAUGCACCCUCUCUGUACAGUUGUUGUGGAUGGUUUGCCAUCUGAAAGCUCCUCAAGCUCUUAUCCAGGCCCUGUAUCUGUUUCUGAAAUGUCUCUGCUUCAUGCUUUGGGCCCAGUGCAGACCUGGCUGGGACAAGAGCUAGAGAAGUGUGGCAUUGAUGCCAUGAUUUAUACUCGGUAUGUCCUCAGUCUUCUGCUGCAUGAUAGCUAUGACUACGAUCUACAGGAACAGGAGAAUGACAUCUUCCUGGGUUGGGAAAAAGGAGCUUAUAAGAAAUGGGGAAAGAGUAAGAAGAAGUGUUCAGAUCUAACUCUAGAAGAAAUGAAAAAACAGGCUGCUGUCCAGUGUCUUCGCUCUGCUUCAGAUGAAAGCUCUGGGAUUGAAACUUUAGUGGAGGAGCUUUGCUCCAGACUGAAAGACCUUCAGAGUAAGCAAGAAGAGAAGAUUAACAAAAAAUUAGAGGGAUCUCCCUCUCCAGAGGCAGAAAUAUCUCCCACAGCAAAGGAUCAAGUGGAAAUGUACUACGAAGCAUUUCCACCACUUUCUGAAAAACCAGUUUGCCUGCAAGAAAUCAUGACCGUAUGGAAUAAAUCUAAAGUUUGCUCUUACUCUAGCUCAUCCUCAUCAUCCACAGCUCCACCAGCUACCACAGACACAUCCUCUCCCAAGGAUUGCAAUAGUGAAAGUGAAGUCAUUAAAGAGAGAAGUAGUGAAGUGUCCAGCACUGUACAUGAGCGAAUUCAGCUGAAAAAAAGUAAAAAUGAGAAAGAGAACAAGUUUAAUAAUGGCACAAUUGAAGAGAAGCCUGCUUUCUAUAAAAAGCAAAUCCGACACAAACCUGAAGGAAAAAUUCGCCCUCGAUCCUGGUCUUCAGGUUCUAGUGAAGCAGGCUCAAGUUCAAGUGGUAAUCAGGGAGAAUUAAAAGCAUCAAUGAAAUGUGUUAAAGUAAGGCAUAGAACAAGAGAGAUUCGAAACAAAAAAGGGCGAAAUGGUCAAAGCAGGAUUUCUGUGAAGACCAGUGAAAGGGCUGAAAGAAAGUAUCAUGCUGGAAGUAGCAGCAGCAGUAGCAAUGGGUCCAUCAAACAACUGUGCAAAAGGGGCAAAAGACAUUUGAAAGAAAUUGGAAGAAAUGAUCCUGGCAGCACUGAUGGAAAAGAUCUGUACUUGGAAAGUAGAAAUGAAAAAGAAUAUAAAGAGGAGCCAUUAUGGUAUACGGAACCAAUUGCAGAAUAUUUUGUUCCUGUGAGCAGAAAAAGUAAACUUGAGACUACAUACCGAAACAGGCAAGAUACAUGUGAUCUAACAUCAGAAGCAGUAGAAGCAUUGUCAGAAUCAGUGCAUGGUCUUUGUAUUAGCAACAAUAAUAUUCAUAAAACAUACCUCGCAGCAGGUACUUUCAUUGAUGGUCACUUUGUAGAAAUGCCUGCAGUUAUAAAUGAGGAUAUUGACCUCACUGGGACCUCAUUGUGUUCUCAACAAGAGGACACUAAAUAUUUAGAUGAUGUUCAUCUGUCUGAACUAACACACUUCUAUGAAGUGGAUAUUGAUCAAUCCAUGUUGGAUCCUGGUGCCUCAGAUACGAUGCAAGGAGAAAGUCGGAUUUUGAAUAUGAUUCGACAAAAGAGUAAAGAGAAAACCGAUUUUGAGGCAGAAUGUUGCAUAGUGUUAGAUGGAAUGGAGUUGCAAGGGGAAAGUGCAAUAUGGACAGAUUCUACCAGCUCUGUUGGUGCUGAGGGGUUAAUCUUGCAAGACCUUAGUAAUUUAGCUCAAUUUUUGGAGUGCUGUUCAUCUUCAAGCUCUGGUGAUGCAGAUGGGGAAAGUUUUGGAGGUGAUUCUCCUAUUAGACUCUCACCUAUCUUAGACAGCACAAUGCUUAGUUCACACAUGCUUGCUGGCAAUCAAGAGCUCUUUUCAGAUAUUAAUGAAGGGUCUGGUAUAAACUCUUGUUUUUCAGUGUUUGAAGUGCAAUGCAGUAAUUCUGUUUUACCAUUUUCUUUUGAAACACUCAACUUGGGAAAUGAAAAUACAGAUUCUAGUAGUAGUGCUAAUAUGCUUGGAAAAACACAGUCUAGGUUGCUAAUAUGGACCAAAAAUAGUGCCUUUGAUGAAAAUGAACACUGUUCCAAUCUUUCAACAAGAACUUGUAGUCCAUGGUCACACUCAGAAGAAACACGUUCAGACAAUGAGACUUUAAAUAUUCAGUUUGAAGAAUCCACGCAGUUUAAUGCAGAAGAUAUUAAUUAUGUAGUUCCCAGAGUCUCCUCAAAUUAUGUAGAUGAAGAACUUCUAGAUUUUUUGCAAGAAGAAACUUGCCAGCAAAAUGAUCGAACUUUAGUAGAGAUGCCUAAUUUGGUUUUCAAAAAAAAAUCUAAACUAGAAUCUGUCUGUGGUAUUCAACUAGAACAAAAAACAGAAAGUAAAGAUUAUGAAGCUACACAAGUUUGUAGUGACAGCAGUCCACCAGGAGAUGGCUACAGCUCAGGGGUUAUUAAAGACAUUUGGACAAAUAUGGCAGACAGAAAUUCUGUAGCAAUGGUAGAAAUAGAAAGAAUAGAUGAUGAGUUGUUUUCAACAGAUGUAAAUAACUACUGCUGCUGUUUGGAUACUGAAGCUAAAAUGGAAACCCUCCAUGAACCUAACAAGGCAGUGCAGAGAUCAGAGUACCAUCUAUGGGAGGGCCAGAAGGAGAACUUGGAGAAAAGAGCAUUUGUUCCAAGUGAGCUAUCUAAGGUAGAUGGUGGUGAUUAUACUACACCCUCCAAACCUUGGGAUGUCAAUGAGGAUAAAGAAAACGCAUUUAUUCUUGGUGGAGUUUACGGAGAACUCAAAACAUUUAACAGUGAUGGGGAAUGGGCAGUAGUACCACCUAGUCACACAAAAGGAAGCCUAUUACAGUGUGCAGCUUCUGAUGUGGUGACAAUAGCUGGUACAGAUGUCUUUAUGACUCCAGGAAACAGCUUUGCACCAGGUCACAGGCAGUUAUGGAGACCAUUUGUAUCAUUUGAACAGAAUGAUCAAUCUAAGAGUGGGGAAAGUGGAUUAAAUAAAGGGUUUUCUUUUAUCUUCCAUGAAGACUUACUAGGAGCUUGUGGUAACUUUCAAGUCGAAGAUCCUGGGCUCGAAUAUUCAUUCUCUUCCUUUGACUUAAACAAUCCAUUUUCACAAGUCCUUCAUGUAGAAUGUUCAUUUGAACCAGAAGGGAUUGCAUCUUUCAGCCCUAGUUUUAAACCUAAAUCAAUCCUCUGCUCUGAUUCAGACAGUGAAGUUUUUCAUCCCAGGAUAUGUGGUGUUGACAGAACACAAUAUAGGGCUAUAAGGAUUUCUCCAAGGACUCACUUUCGCCCAAUUUCUGCAUCUGAACUGUCUCCAGGAGGAGGAAGUGAGUCGGAAUUUGAAUCUGAAAAAGAUGAGGCAAAUCCUCUCCCUUCUCAAGUUGAUGUGUUUGAAGAUCCACAAGCAGAUCUCAAACCCCUGGAAGAAGAUGCAGAGAAAGAAGGGCAUUACUAUGGAAAGUCAGAGCUUGAGUCCGGAAAAUUCCUUCCCAGAUUAAAAAAAUCUGGAAUGGAGAAGAGUGCUCAGACAUCACUGGAUUCCCAGGAGGAAUCAGCUGGGAUUUUGCCAAUAGGAAAGCAAGAUCAGUGUGUGGAGUGUAGCAUGAAAGAAUCUGUAGAAACAGAGCAUAUAGAAAACUCGGAAGUGAAUUGCAAAAUACUGGCACCUUGUGAAGAAGAAAUAAAUAAUUUUUGCAGUUGUAAAGCAGGCUGUCAAUUCCCUGCAUAUGAAGAUAAUCCUGUUUCUUCAGGAGAGCUAGAGGAGUUUCCUAUAAUGAAUACUGAUCUUCAAGGAAUGAGUGGCAAUCAAGAAAAGCAGUGCUGGUGGGGAAAAGCGCUGUACUCUCCCCUUUUUCCUGGAUCAGAGUGUGAAGAAUGUUAUACAAAUACCAAGGGAGAGAAUGGCUUGGAAGAGUAUCCAGAUAUUAAAGAAAUACCCAACGAUGGAGAGCAUCUGUUAGACUUUAAUAGAGUGUCUUCUGUUUACGAAGCAAGGUGUACAGAAGAAAGAAAUCCUGGAACAAAAUCAAAUGGCUUCCGGAAAAAAUUAUAUUCCAGUGAUAGUUCCAACUCUGAAGACACAGCCUCAGAAGGUGGUAGUGAAUGGGUUGAUCCUUGUGAAGAGGAGCUUUUUUCUCGAACUCAUCUUUGAAACUGCAGAGUAGUACCAAUUGUCUAAAAAAGUAAUAUAUGAUGGAAAACUCCUUUUUGUGAGACCUGUUACUCUAAAACAACAACUUGGGUUUCCUCUUCAAGUAACUGAUUCAGAUGCGUAUUUAUCUUUCUCUUCUUGCUUAUUUUAUGGUUGAGGAUAACUCUCCUCUUGGAACAUUUUUUCCCCCAACCUGUUAAAUUCUUGGCUAUUUGAAAUAGACUAGAUUGUGUUGUCAAUUCAAGAAUGGGUGUGCAUGUGCUUAUCUUAGAUGCAUCACUGCUCUUUGCCUCUUAACUGCAGUUAUUUUCAUUUGUAAUUGCAGCCUCACCACUAUUAUCUUAUUAGCAUUGCAGUGUCUAUAACUCCUUCUGCUAUUCAGAGACUUUAGCUUUUGGCACAUUUUAGCUUUGUUCUCUAAGAACUGGGAGAUAAAUACUGAACACUGUAAUUUAUCAGUGCCUUUCUGAAUGCAGGAGAAGAGCAUGAAUGACUUGUCUAGUCUUCAUUUGGUAAAAUCUCAUGUAAAUUUGAAGUAGGAACAACAAGGUUGUGCUUUAGAGACUUACAGAAUACUGUGUUUUCUAUCUUAUGAUAUUUUCCCCCCUAAAUAAACCCACAGAGGAUUCUAUGGUUUGUGAUUUUCUUGCUAACUGGAGAAGCCAAGGAUUUUUUGUUUAAUUUUUGGUAUGUGUGGAGGCAGUGUGAGGGGGUUGCAGUCUCUCUUCCAUUUCUUUCUUUUCCCCUUUCUUCCUCUUCUCUGUCCUUCUCUUGUAAUCAUUUUUUUUUUCAUUUUCAGUCCACUCUUUCUUCCCUUUCUUCUUUCCUUCUUUCUGCCUUUUCCUCUUUCUGCCUUUUCCUUUUUGCUGUCUCCCUACUUUCCAUCUCUAUUUUCUUUUCCUCUUCUCAUUUCCCUUCCAUUUCUACUUUCAGUUCUUCUUUCUUCCUCCAUCUCUCUAUUUCUCUGUCCUUUUUUUUCUUUUAUAAAACUGAUGAACAUUGAGAAAUAACACCAAAAAAUGUCAUGGGGAUUAGGGUUGGGGGGGGAGGGGACAGGGAUUUGGGAUGAUAAAUCUUUUAACAAGAAAUAAGGACUAUGUCUCCUUGCAAAUGAUUACCUUAGUGUAACCUGCAAUGCAUCCUGUAUUUGAAUUUGAGCCUAUUGAAUUCAUCUAAAAUGCUCAUAUUAAAGUGUUUUAUAUGCAAAAAAGGUCACACUUCACUUGAAAGAAAUCUUUGGCUGCUGCAGUUAGCUGCUGUUGUGGCUGUAAUUUAGUAGAUCUUGUAGUUCAUUUUGUGUUUUCUGAGAGAAUGUUAGGGGCAAGUUAUGUGUGUGGUGGGUGGGUGGGUGGGGUGCAGAGUAAUGAUUUUCAACAUACACGUGUGAUUGCAGUAGUGAUGGUUGCUUUCUGUGACUUGCUUUUAAAUUUUCUUUUGUUAACCUAGACAGUCAGUACAUUGUCAAGUUAUAUCUGUACAAGACUAUCAACUCCUAGUGCUUUUAACACGUUAUACAAAAUGUUGAAGCCAGGAGGAGCAAUAUUUGCAAAACCUAAACAUUCUAAGUUUUUACCAACUCUUCAUUUUAAGAACUAAUCUAUACAAUAGCAUGUCUAGAACAUCAGGAAGUGUAGAGAAUCCAAUGUUGACUUGAAAGCUUAACUAUUCAUUUUGACAGGCAAUAAGAACUCAUACAAACUCUUUUUGAAAUGUGAGCUGAACUAGCUUUGAAAAUAUGUUAUUUGAUUUUGAAUAAGUAAUUGGGUUUUGUUGCAUUUUAUUGAUGACAUGGAAAACACUGUCUAAGGUUGUAAAGUCAUUUGAGGAGGUUAUAUGUCCUUGCUGUUGGAAACCCUGAUUAAAUUGGCUAGGUUUGAUCAUGUCAAAUAAACAGAAUUAUAUGAGGGUUUAUAUUUCUGCAGCAAAUCAUUUAACACUUUUUUCUUGUUAUUUAUUUACAAACUUUGGAUAAAUUUUUCUGUAACUUACUGUAUUCUGGAGCUUCCUAAGAAAAGGUUGUUAACACCUGCACUGAAAAAAAUUGUGAAUAAUAAUGGUUAAAAAAAAAAAAAAACUUUUGUAAAUUCCUCAAAUUAGGACAUGGAAAUUAUGGAUAGGAUAGCAAAGAUCAAAUAGAUGCUUUUCAAACACAACCUAUCAGCUCAUUUUCUUUUCAACUGAGCUGAUUCUCUAAGCAAGGAAGGGCUCCGAAUGGCAGAGGUGCUGACUUCAUUCACAUCAUGAUGUAGAAAGGCAGCCCUUGUAAAGGGAAGGGGGUGGGACAGGGAGGGUCUGGGCAAUAACAAAUUAUGUCUUUACUUGUUUCCAUACUUAAGUGGCUCAGAAGCUUUCAGCAAGAGAGUUGAAGUGUGAUUUUUAGUUAUUUGUAUGGAUAGACACAAAACAGCAUUAAAGGUUGGCAAAAUGCUGAAACGCACUGUGGUAUGAAGCGCGUGGCAUAUCCAUAGCACUGAAAUAUCAGUUUUCCAUUCCUGGGCUGAGAUUUGUUUUCUACUUUUUUGCUUCAAGUGGUUGUAUUGUUCUGAUUUCACGUACACCAGAGUAACUGAUUUUGUUUUCUUGUGGAGUUACUUAACACCAAAUAAAAAUUUAAAAGGACA